AUGGCUUCCGCCGCCUCGCCCCUGUCAACACGCCAAUUUCCUACAUCGGGUUUCGUGAAAUUAGACUCCUCCGAGAAGAUAGAAGAAGAGGACCCUCCCCUUUAUACUCCGGAAAAGUAUUAUCCGGUCUCUAUCGGUGAGGUUUUCUCGUCUAGAUACCAGGUCGUUUCCAAGCUCGGAUACGGAACAUCCUCCACUGUCUGGCUUUGCCGUGACCUUCGAGAUCAUCGUUUCUAUACACUUAAAGUGUGUGUUAAAGGUCAACGCCCGAGCCAUGAGAUCACUAUUUCAGAGCACUUAAAGAAUUCUAACGAGCACGUGGGUAAAAAAUUCAUUCGCCUGGUCCUAGAUUCAUUUGAGAUUCAAGGGCCCAAUGGGCAACACACAUGUUUGAUUUACCAGCCGCUUGGAAUGAGCUACUCUGAGUUCCAAGAUCUGCUCCCUGAUAUCUCGUCAAACAACAUUCUUCAAGGAAUUGAGGACAGCUCUAUUCUGUCCCAAAUUGAAGAAGAUGAGAUAAAGAAACCGAUUGCAAGAAAAGUACUCAGUGAUCGCAAUAUAUAUUACUCUCGGCAGAUGCCAGUUUGUACCGGCUUGCCUGUGCUCUCUGACCUGGGCGAGGCAAUAAUCAGAAAAGAAAAUAACAAGGGGGAUAUCAUGCCUGGGAUUUACAGGACUCCUGAAGUCAUACUUGAUAUGGAUUGGGAUCACAAAGUGGACAUAUGGUCAAUCGGCUGCAUGGUUUGGGAUAUGGUAGAAGGUGGUCAUUUGUUCUUUGCAAAGAAGAACGGGGCCCUUAAUGAUGAACAGCACUUGGCAGAAAUGGUUUCCUUGAUGUGA